AUGAGUUAUUGAAUGGGUCUUUUUUUAAAGGCUUUAGUAUUAUCAAUUAUUUUUGUUGAAGGACAGCUAAUUAUUGAUAUAAUUUACAGUCCUUACACAGAGCAAGACUUUGCUCCAAGCCUGAAAUUAAUAGUGGAGAAAAGUUUCCAAGACGAAUUUCAAUUUAAUUUGGUCUAUUUAGAAAACAUUUGAGAUAUUGGCCUAGCUAUAAAUAGCCCUGAUAUAGUUUUUGACCUUACCUUCAGCGCUUCAUUGCAAGAAUCAAUCAAAAAAUUUGCUGAAAUACAGCAUUUUAUUAUUGGCUCUAUUGCCAAGCCAACUUUUUUAUAUAGCAAUUGAGAGUUUUUUAUGCAUAAUUCAUGGGAAAAUCAAAUAAAAACUUUACAUUCUAUUGUUUCUUACCUAAAUUGGCAAACAUUUAUAGUGAUAUCUGGUGAAACUUGUAGCGAGAAUAAUGAGUUUUAUAAUUAUUUUUUUGAUAAAGAUUAUCAUUGAUUCUAUUUCUCAAAUAGCAACGACGAAGAAUCAGCAGAUUUAUUUAUAGGAAGAGCAAUUCAACCUAUCGGAGUUAAAAAUAUUGUUAUAUUAAAUAAAGGUGAAAGCACACAAUUGCUCUUGAAAAGCUUAGAAAAAUUAGAAUUACUUGGUUUUGGUACUGGGGUUAUUGUAGGAAGUGAGGGCUCUUGAGGCUUAUAUGGAAAUGGAGUUGUUUCUUAUACAGAAUCAGGAUUGGAAACAGCUGAUAGCAAUAUUAGCUAUAUAGGUUUUGCAGUGAUCAAUUUUUUAAAGCUUGUGCUUAGUUUUUCUGAAACUUCUGAACAUUCAGAUUUGCUAAAAUUUUUAAUGAAAAAUACAAUUGAUCAUCAUCCAAUUCCAAAAUUUUCACUUUUGAAUAUUCAAAAUAACCUAAAAGUCAUAUCGGGAAGCAUUGCUAAUGAUACACUAUACAUAAUGAACCCUUUAAAAUAUCCAGGAGAUUCACUGGCAAUUCCAAACUCUCCGACCACUUCUAUCAAUAUAUGAUACGAUAAUUCAAGUUUAGGUCUAUCUGAACUGGAUGCACUAACAAUGGGUGUAUUUUAUACUUUAGACUACUAUAAAACCCUUCACUCAUUAGAUGGCUUUGAAAUAACAACAACACCUUGCAAUUGCGGAAUGAUCUUAUAUGACCAAGCAAGCGGUUUUUCUUGUUUUGCUAAAUUAGUGACGAUCCCUGCUGUCGGCUUUCUAACUUCAUUUGCUCCAUGAACUAGCAUUUUAUAUAUAUAUGCUUUAAGAUCUCUAAAUUAUUCGAUCCCUAACGUUUCUCCAUAUGCAACUUCAAGUCUUACUCAAAAUAAAACUGCUUUUCCUGAAUUUAUGACUGUUAUAAGAGACGAAAGAUUUAACUCACAAGUCAUAUUGGACUUGGCUGUUAUUUUUGGCUGGAAAAAUGCUAUAGUGCUUUAUGAUGAUAAUAAUAAAAAUACUUAUUUAUACUUUAUUGCGUUGGCGGAAAAAUUCAAUAUUAAAAUUGCUAACAGACCUGAAUUACAAAAAAUAGAUAAUGAGUAUACUAAAGAUAAAUAUCCAAUAUGAAAGGACUGAUUUGCUGAAAUAAUUAGCCUAAAAGUAAGGCUUUUUGUUAUAUUUUUAAGUCCUCCUUAUUCAUUAUAUAUAGCAGAAAGCUUUUAUGAUGCAGGAUUAAGACAAGGGGAUAUAAUUAUAUUGUCUAACAAUAGGCUUGCAUAUGGAUUAUCAUUAGAGACUGAUAUUGAACAAAGAAGAAAACUUUUAGAACUCUCUUAUGGAGGAAUUGUGAUAGCCCAAACUGAAUGGAUUGGGGAAUAUGGAGAAAUGCUUAAAAAUGGUUUUGUAAAGAAGUAUGGAAAUCAUACAGAUUUUGGCUGCUGGGCUUUUGAUGCUGCGAUGCUACUUUUAAAUGGAAUAGAGUUUACUAUAAAACAAGGCGAAAAUGUUAAGAAUUAUGAAGUGCUGAAUAACAACCUGAGAAAGCAAAAGUUUAUAGGCUGUUCUGGGACUGUUUCUAUUGAGUCUGGGGGUAAUCAGAGAAGUUUUCCAACUCUAGGUAUAUACAGUAUGAGAUGGAACGAGAGAAUUCAAUCUCUAUAUGAGGAGCUUGUCGGGCAAUAUGACCUUAGUAGUGCGCAAUUGAUUACUUUAUAUAAAAGCAUUUUGUGAUAUGAUAACACAACAGUAAUACCUACAGACACAAUAGUCUAUGAAAAUGGCUGUCCAUUUCCUAAAAGCAAAAUUUCUAAUUCAAAUAGCGGCGCUAAAAUACUAUAUGGAAUAUCAGCUGCAGUGGUAGCUUUUACAAUCAUUACAGCAUUUGCUAUAUGAAGAAAAUUUUGAAAAAAUAUCACUAUAAAACAAUUAAGCAUAGCUGCCCAUAUACAUUUUGAGGACUAUAUUCUUAUGGGAAUUAUCGCUGCUGAUUUUUUCCAAUUUAUAUCUCAAGGGCGGCAUAAAUAAAAUGGUGAUGUUAACUAGGGAGUUUAUCACUAGAUGAAACUCUAGUCACUUAACAGGCCAGUCCCAAACCUGCAUGCUUUAAAGUUCCGAGACAGCAUUAAGAGUCAGGCUAAAAUCUUGAGGCGAGCUAUCUAACUGGAAAUGCUGACUUACCCAUGGAGGUUUGCUAGCUGCUGGAGUAGUCUUCUACGGAAAUUUGCCUCAGUUAAGACAUAAAAAGAGGAAGAGCCCUAAUCUUUAGUUAAUGUUAAUAUCUCAAGGGCCAGACAUAAAUGAUUUAUAUGCAUGAUUAUCAAAAGUUUGCAGCUAUUCGCUUAUCCAUUUUGAUUCUUCAGUUACACGAGAUAUUUACUGAAUUUAUAUAUAUUCUGCGGUGGUUAUUGCUUGCUUUUGGAUAUUUUCAGCUUUUAUUUUAUUAUUUAAACUGAAAAUACUUAAUAGUUGGAUGUUGAGACAUGCUAGAAAAAUAUCUUUACUUUUGCUGCCUAUAAUUGGAGAUUUGCUAUUUGUUCCAAUCAUUUCCGUCCUUUUAAGCAUUUUUCAAUGCGACAAAGGAAUAGGCUCGAGUAUUACUGAUUCUUUUAUAAAAAAUGAUUGCACAACAUAUUGCUGAACCCAAAAAUACUCUAUAUGAGGAGCUCUUUCAAUAAUUUUUUUAGGCAUUUAUAUCCCUUUGGCAAUUUAUUUUAGGAAGUAUUAUGAGAAUGUUAAUGAUCAUAUUAAUAUCAAAACAAAUCCCCUUUUUAUUAUAGAAAAAUCUAUUUUUCAAGUAAUCAUAGUUUCUAUGAAUAAGACAAUAAAGAUUUAUAAUGAAUCUCUGCAUGGUUUUUGCUGCAUUAUCCUUCUACUUAUCUUAAUUGUAAUUAGCUUAAAGCAAAAAUCUUACAAUUAUAGCAGGAUGAAUCUUUGGCUUAUCAUUUCCUAUUUACUCCCCUCCGUGAGCGAACAAAAAAAUUUUGCUUGCUCACGGUAGGAGCUUAAUUUUUUUUUAAAAUAAUUUAUUUAUAAUUUAAUAGUAAAUAUUUUUUCAAAAUUUAAAAAUAAAUCAAUUAUCAAAAAUUGAAAAGUGAAUAUUAAUUUUAUUUAUAAAAUUUAUAUUUUAAAAUGCAAUUUCUAUAAAAUUAAACAAAAAUAGUUUGGCAUUUAAUUAUAUUAACAAUCACUUAUAUAUAAAUUUUUUUUUUCAUUAAAACUUUUUGUUUGAUCACUGAGAGUGGGCUUUAGGGCAAAAAAUAGGAAAUUUUCAAAUGGUUUUUGUUCGCUCAAGGAGGGAUAGCAAUUUUGUGAAGUUUUAUUUUAUCAUCUCUUUAUUGACUCACAAAAUUUGAUUCACUACUAUUAUGGUCGAUGAUGCAAUAUUCACUCUGGCUUAUCUUGUUAAUAGCUGGCAUAAUAAUUCAGUGCAAAUUGCUUCCAAGUUUGCUAAUUACUGACAAAGGAGCAGACAUUACAAUAUUUUUCAAAUUUUUAAUGGGGAGCCAAGUUUCAGCAGCCGAUAUAGCUCAAGUCCCAUUGUGCUUGCUUAGGAGCAAUCUUUUGCCUAUUAAUAGUCUACCAAAUGUCAAUUUUCUGACAAGUAUAAUUUAAAAUUACAAAAUGCAAAUAAUAGCUCAUAUUUUAAUUAGCUUUUUCAGAAAAAUUGGCAUAUUUGUUGUUUAAUUAAUUAUCAUAACUCCCCCCCCCUCCGUGAGUGAACAAAACCAUUAGAAAAAUCGCUAUUUUUUUCCCAAAAACCCACCCUCCGUGAGUAAACAAAAAAUUGUUUUAAUAGAAAAAAUUUUUGAUAUAUAAAUAAUAAUUAGCAUAAUGAAAUCUAGAGCUAAUUCUGUUUAAUUUCAAACGAAUUGCUUUUUAAAACAUAAAUUUUAUAAAUUAAAUUAAUAUUUGCUUUCCAAUUUUUGCGAAUUAGAUUUUUUUUUAAUUUCGAAAAAAAUAUUUUUUAUAAAAAUUUAUAUAUAAAUUUUUUUAAAAAAAAAAUUACCCCCCUCCGUGAGUGAACAAAAUUUUUUUGUUCACUCACGGAGGGGAGGAGUAAGUAUUUCUGCUAAAUAAUUUAUAAGGGGUCUUAAGCAAUAUCAAUAAAAUAAGAAAGGAAGUUGCAAGAAAUAAUUUUUCUAGUAGUCAAGAUCUAAAUUCUUUAUCAAGCUUAAAUAUCCAGUUUUAA